AUGGUGUUGGUUUUGGAGACCAAAAUGCAGAUUCAGGAGCUCUGGGAUUUGAUAUCAUUAGGGGAGGAGGUUUGCUUAGCGGUUAACAGGGCCAAGUCGUUCAAGGUGGAGUGUGGUGAGUUAGAGAAGCGAGUGAAUCGACUCUUGCAAAUGCUACAGACCCUGUUUUGCUUCAUCACUUCUGGUCGUACUUCCCUUUACUUGCGCCCAGUUACCAGCAUCGUUGCCAAGGUCAAGGAUAGCUUUGAGCUCGUCCGGGCCAUUCUUUACAAGUGCAAGCGUCGAAGCCUACUUAGCAGACUCUUCCUCCAUUUAGAUGCUUCUAUCAGCGAUAUGGAAUGGCUGCUCAUCGUCUAUAAUCCCCAAAACAGCAGGGCCACAGGCCCAAUCGACCACAAAAUAUCUACCACCUUUUUGGUCUGGUCUUGCAUCGCCACCGUCCAAAUGGGGUGUCAACUGGACGAUCGAAUCGAGGCUACUAAAUGUCUCCAGUUGCUUGCUCAAGAAAACAACGAGUACAAGAAAAUCAUCUUUGAAGAAGGCGGGGUACCUCCUUUGCAAAAGCUUUUGAAAGAGAACGUCCCUGUGGAGGCUCAAAUCACAGUGGCCAAUGCGCUUUGCCUUUUAGCUGAUGACCAGGAGAGGGCGAGGAUUAUUAUGAAGGAAAUGAUAACUACAAUUGUAAAUCGUUUGUCAAGAACAUCACCAAUGAGCGAUCAAAGCAAAGCGGCCAAUUUGGUUGCUAGUAUUGCAGAGCAUAACCCAAAGCUGAAGGAAUACGUUUUAGUUAGAGAGAAUGUAAUAUGGAGGCUGGUAACAUUGUUAUCAUCUGAGCCAUCAAGAGAUAAUCCUACAACGAAUUUACAUAAGCAAGAGUUGAAAAUUAGUUGCUCCAAGGCUUUAUGGAUGCUUGCUCGGGGGAGCGUUUCGAAUUGUAGGACAUUAACGGAGACAAAAGGAAUGUUUUGCUUGGCCAAAUUGGUGGAAACGGAACAGGACGAAUUACAGUACAAUUGCUUAAUGAUUAUAAGGGAGAUCACAGCUAUUGCUGAAUCAAAUAAUGAUUUUAGACAUUCGGCCUUUAAAAGUACUUCUCCAGCUGCAAAGGCGGUUGUGGAUGAGUUAUUGAGGAUAAUCAAAGAAUUUGAUAACACAAAACUGCGGAUUCCAGCACUCGAAUCCAUUGGUUCAUUGGCAAGGUCUUUUUCAGCGAAAGAGACUCGAGUAAUUAGUCAUUUGGUGACUCUGCUAGGCAAUUCAGACCAAGAAGUUGCAAUGGAAGCUGCUAUUGCUUUGCAAAAGUUUGUGUCCACCGAUAACCACCUUUGUUCGGAGCAUUCGAAGUCGAUAAUUGAAUUCAACGGAGUACGACCGUUAAUGAAGUUAAUUUUUAGUGGGGAUAAAAAGUUACAGCAUAAUGGAUUAGCUCUGAUCUGCUUCCUUGCACAACAUGGUAGCAAUAGCAAUGUUCUGAUAGAAGCCGGAGCAUUGAGUGCUCUUCAGAUGACAGGUACCCAAGUAGCUGCCGAACAUCCAGAGUUAAAACAAUUGGUCUCCGACACAAUAUCAAAACUCCAACCUAACCAUACUGAAAAAAAUGAAGAAUUAGACAGUUCACCGAAAGGUAGCAUUAAGCAGAUUAUGACAGAACGGAAUAAUGUAGUUUUCGGUUCUCUACGACAUCACUUAAAGUUACUGUUACAGAGGUUUACCCCAUGUCUACCAAGGCUAGUGAAUUUCCAUGGUGAUCGGAAAACAUUGCCAAUAGUAAUGAGAUAUUGUUUGGGCCAUCGCCAUCCCCUUGUUCUACCAUUUUGGGGAUUUCCCUUAAAUUCAAUGAGGGUUGGAAAUGGCCCAAAGCACUCUCCUGACAGGUAUUUGCCCACAUCUCCACGUGGCAGUAACCCAUCUUGGGAGCUUGCUGACAAUUUACAAAUCACUGUAAUAGAAUUGAACUGUCAAAACAUUACCAUUUAA